ACCACUCCCAAAUCACAGCCGGCCUCCGGAGAGACAGAGUGAGAGUGAGAAGCACGAGAGUCUUCCGCUUCAAGCCGGCCGACUUCCCCAUGGCCGCCACCGCCGCCGACGUACCUGACGAUUUCAAAAAGUGGUGGGAGACAUUCAACAAUGGCGUCGCCGUCGACCAAGGGCAAGACGACGAGGAGGACGGGACGGACUCCGAUUCCAGUUUCGAGCGGGGGCAGCAGCAGGAGGAGGAGGAGAAUGCGGGCGUGGUGGCGGGCGAGGAGACGGUGUCGGACGCCCACGCGCCCGCCGGGAGGGAGGGCGGCAGCGGCGCCGCCCGCGAUUGCGACGUGGCAGAGGAGGGGAUUUCUCAGAAUAGCCAUUUUCCGUGUGAAGCUGAGCUGCAGGGAAGGAACAGAGAAGCAGCCGCCAAACUAAAUGCACCACAGGCUUCUGAAGAUGAAGCCGAGCAUGUUUCUGAAGACAGCUAUGUUCAGAUUGGAGGCGGGCUGCAGGGAAUGAAGAGAAAGGCAACCGACAAACGAAACGAAUCUCAGGCUACUGGAAAUGAGAUCCAGAACGAAGAAGGUCAAGACAAGUACGUUUCUGCGGACAACUACGUUCAGAUUGGAGGCUGGGAGCAAGGAAGGAAGAGGAAAGCAGCCGCGACACCCAACAGAGUGCAAUCGACUGGAAUUGAGAUCCAGAACAAAACAAGUCAAGGUGAGUAUCUGAGAGCUGAGAAUCAGAGGCUGAGGCAGCAGCUCGUUUGCAAGACGAAAGAGCUCGAGGCUGAACAGAUUCAGAGGCUCGAACUAGAGUUGCAUUUCAAGACAGAGGAGAACAAGUCUUUGAAGAAACAGAAUGAAGAGUUGAGAGCUGAGAAUGAGUACUACAGGAAGACCGUAAGCUCUGCACCGAAUUCUACGCGUACCCGGGUGCCACUAGAUUAAUUGGUUCAUAGGCAAAAUUGUAAAAUAUGGGUGAAUGACUAAUGCCACUAUCACAUUUAGUUUUAUCCGGAUGGUAUAUAAUGUAUGCGUUAAGCAAGCAACCUCCAUAUUGAUAUUUCUGAUUGACAUGUCCCAAAAAAAUUA